AUGGCUCCAACUAUCCUUGUUGUCGGUGCAACAGGCAACACCGGCCGGGCCGUGACCCAAACCCUCCCAACCAUUCUUAAAGCGAACGAAACCUUCUCCAACCACCGAGUGCUUGCCAUGACCAGGUCUCUUUCCAGCCCUACAGCCCAAGAUCUUGCGAAAAUUCCCGGCGUUGAGGUUGUCGAAUAUAACUGGACCGACAUCACUGCCGACUGGCUUCGCGAACAGCAAGUUGUGCGCGCCUUUAUUGCUUCCCACAACGCACCAAAUCAAUUUGCUGAAGAGUCGGCCUUCCAUGUCGCCGCCCUGAAAGCCGGUGUUGAGUAUAUUGUGCGCAUCUCCACCACGGCGCCCAAUGUCCGUCCCGAUUUCGAAGCCUACUAUCCGCGCCAGCACUGGGCUAUCGAGGCCCUGCUUGAGUCCGCAGAGUUUAGUGCUUUGGGAUGGACCUCGCUCCAGCCAAACAUAUUUCUGAACUUUUAUCUUGCCGUUGCGGCCCAGUUUAUCAAGCAAUAUAGACAGGCUGGUGAGCAGGACACGCUCAGGUUAAUGGCGGCUAAGGAUGCGCCUGUUGCUCCUAUUCACCCAGACGAAGUCGGCAUUUUUGCAGCUCACCUUCUGGCCCAGGUUGAUCCGAGUGCGCACAAUCGGGCCAAGUAUAUCCUGAAUGGGCCGGAGGAUAUCACCGGCGAGCAGCUAGUUGGCUUGGUAGAACAGCAUAUUGGCACCAAGGUGAAGGAUGUGAAUUAUCAGGACUUGAGCCUCUUGGAUGCAAUGCUGAACAGUGGCUUUGGAGGUCCGGGACAAUCGAAGACUGUCAUCGGGUCUACGAGAUAUGCGGUGACGACUAUGUGGGAAGGUAAAUGUAAUGCUGCAACGACUAGUAAGCAGGUUUUGAAGAUUGCUGCGCCGAAGCGGACGCCUGCGGAGGUGCUGAGGAGCUUGCUAGAGGAGUAA